GCUUACUUUCUGUGUCUGUGGGUAAGGUUAUGUUGACUAGGUAGCGGGUUUAGAUUUAUUUUUACAGCAUUUUUUAUAAUUGAUUCCAAUAGGGUCAAUAAUAAAAGAGGUAUUGAUAGACAUGCCUCUACUAGAUGGAAAAGAAAUUGAAAUCUUCUUCAGUGAAGAAGAUUUGCCAUAUGAAGAAGAAAUAUUGAGAAAUCCAUUUUCAGUUAAACACUGGCUAAGGUACAUUGAACAUAAAAAAGGUGCUCCUAAACAGCAAAUUAAUUUAAUUUAUGAGAGAGCUCUCAAAGAAUUGCCUGGAUCUUUUAAAUUAUGGUACAACUAUUUAAAAAUACGAAGAAGUCAAACAAGGGGAAGGUGCAUAACUGAUCCUUGUUAUGAAGAAGUAAAUAAUUGUUUUGAAAGGUCGUUAGUUUUCAUGCAUAAAAUGCCUAGAAUAUGGAUGGAUUACUGUAACUUUUUAACAGAUCAGUAUAAAAUUACAUCAACUAGAAGAGCUUUUGAUUGUGCUCUAAGGGCUCUACCAAUUACUCAACACCAUAGAAUAUGGCCCUUCUAUUUGAAUUUCUUAAAAAAACACAACAUCCCAGAAACAGCUAUAAGAGUUUUUCGGAGAUACUUGAAACUGUGUCCUGAGGAUACAGAAGAAUAUAUUGAUUACUUAAUAUCAAUUAAUAAGUUGGAUGAAGCAGCCUUGAAAUUAGCACAUAUUGUAAAUAAUGAAAAUUUCCAAUCUAAACAUGGCAAAUCAAACCAUCAGCUUUGGAAUGAAUUAUGUGAGUUGAUAUCUAAAAACCCAGAUAAGAUACACUCUUUAAAUGUGGAUGCUAUAAUCAGAGGUGGCUUAAGACGAUAUACUGACCAAUUAGGCCAUCUAUGGAACUCACUUGCAGACUAUUAUGUGAGAAGUGGUCUUUUUGAGAGAGCAAGAGAUAUAUAUGAAGAAUCAAUACAAACUGUUACCACAGUUAGAGACUUCACACAGGUUUUUGAUGCAUAUGCACAAUUUGAAGAACUUAGUUUAAGUAAAAAAAUGGAAGAAGUGGCUAAAAAAUGUAAUCCUACAGAAGAUGAUGAUAUAGAUUUAGAAUUGAGGCUUGCAAGAUUUGAAUAUCUUAUGGAAAGAAGACUUCUUCUUCUAAAUUCAGUUCUCUUGAGACAAAAUCCUCAUAAUGUAGCAGAAUGGCAUAAAAGAGUUAAGCUAUAUGAAGGGAAACCACAUGAAAUCAUAGAUACAUAUACUGAAGCUGUUCAGACUGUAGAUCCUAAAUUAGCUGUAGGAAAAUUAUACACUCUUUGGGUUGGGUUUGCAAAGUUUUAUGAAAAAAAUGAUCAAAUAGAAGAUGCAAGACUAAUUUUUGAAAAAGCUACUCAAGUGAAUUAUGCAAAAGUAGAUGACCUAGCAUCCGUUUGGUGUGAGUGGGCAGAAAUGGAAAUCAGACAUGAGAAUUAUGAGGAAGCACUCAAAUUAAUGCAUAAGGCUACAGUUCUUCCUAGUCGAAAAGUAGCAUAUCAUGAUGAUGCUGAAACUGUCCAAAUGCGCUUAUAUAAAUCACUAAAAGUUUGGUCUAUGUAUGCAGAUUUAGAAGAAAGUUUUGGUACUUAUAAAUCUUGCAAAGCUGUUUAUGAUCAUAUCAUUGAUUUGAAAAUAGCUACACCGCAAAUAAUUAUUAAUUAUGGUUUAUUUUUGGAAGAGCACAAUUAUUUUGAGGAAGCAUUUAGGGCAUAUGAAAAAGGAAUUGCUCUAUUUAAAUGGCCUAAUGUUUAUGAUAUCUGGAAUACAUAUUUGACAAAAUUUUUAAAACGGUAUGGAGGAAACAAACUUGAAAGGGCAAGAGAUCUUUUUGAGCAAUGUCUAGAAAAUUGCCCUCCUGAAUUUGCAAAAUCCAUUUACUUGCUAUAUGCCAAACUAGAGGAAGAACAUGGAUUAGCCAGACAUGCAAUGUCAGUUUAUGAACGAGCAACAACUGCUGUUCUACCUGAGCAGAUGUUUGAAAUGUUUAACAUUUAUAUUAAAAAAGCUGCUGAAAUUUAUGGUGUACCGAAAACGCGCCAAAUAUAUGAAAAAGCAAUAGAAACAUUACCUGAGGAAAAAGCAAGAAAGAUGUGUAUUAGAUUUGCAGAGAUGGAGACCCGUUUGGGUGAAAUUGACAGAGCACGUGCUAUUUAUGCACAUUGUAGCCAGAUGUGUGAUCCAAGAAUUACUGCAGAGUUUUGGAACACAUGGAAAGAAUUUGAAGUAAGGCAUGGCAAUGAAGACACAAUGCGUGAAAUGCUUAGAAUCAAGAGAAGUGUACAGGCUACUUAUAAUACUCAAGUGAAUAUGAUGUCAGCACAAAUGUUAAGUUCUGCUGCCCAGGCAGCUGGUACUGUUUCGGAUCUUGCACCAGGAAUGAAAGACGGUAUGCGUAUGUUAGAAGCUAAGGCAGCAGAAAUGGCUGUACAAAGUAAAGGUAAUAUUAUGUUUGUACGAGGUGAAACUCAAGGUUUGAAAGAGAGCACAGAAAAGGUAGUUAAUCCUGAUGAAAUUAAUAUUGAUGAAGAAUCUGAACACAGUGAUGAUGAAGAUGGAGAAGUUGCUCCUCUGCAAAAGAAAGAUAUCCCAGCUGCUGUGUUUGGUGGUCUUAUUCCAGAGACAAAGUAAAAUUUCAAUAAUACUGUUGAAUAAUAUAUCAACUUUUAUUGACAAGGUUACUUAUUACACAAUCCUAUAAAUACAAGCCAGAUCAAUAUUUACAAUAAUGAAUCACAUUCUUUUAGUUAAUUAGAUACAGAACUUGUAUAAAUUAAUUAAAACCCUAAUUAUCAACAAGAAUUUAUACAUUGCAAGAAUCAUCAACAAAUUAUCAGUUUAGGAAGAGACAUUAAAAAAUCUAUUGUGUUAAAAAGUGGGCAAUAUGUUAUUUUUAUCAGGUUAAUUAGCUAGUUGGAUAACCAGAUGAAUUCAUAUAAUAUCUCUAGGAGGAGUGAUAAAAUGUAAUGAAUUAGAAUACAUACUUUGUUGUUCAGAGUAAUUUAAAAUGCUUAUAUCAUUAUGAACUCCUCCAAACAUAAUUAAUUCUCCAUUUCCUUUAACCAAUGAAUACAUAACUAAUUCUUCAGGUGCUCCUCUCAUUUCUCCCAAUCUGGGGCAUAGCCAAGACACAUAAUUUAAUGAAUUUCCACCUGUAAUACUGGAAAUAUCUAAUACAUGCAUUGCCAGGGUAUUUUUUUUUAUUUUUUUUACUUCUGGUUGUCUCAUCUGCUGGUUAUCAGGUGGUUCAGGUUCUCUUCGAUUUUCGAAAUGAUCAAUUUGUCUUUGAAAUAUGAGACCAUUUGGUAGAUAGCCAUCUGGAGGGGUGUCACAUGCAAAUGCUGCCAUUCGGUAUCGGUUACCUUCUUGUAACUGACGAACUAUCUUUAUCUUUUUAUGUUGCCUUCUGUCUAAUUUUCCCAAAUCAAGUCUACUUGUAGAUUGAUUUGAUUCAGAACUAGGACCAGCAAAAUGAUAACUAUUUAAUGUAUUUUCUUUUGAAGCAAUGACGUUUGGAGUUCCUUUUUUAUCACAACUAGGACCUGCUACUGGUUCAUUACUUGGAUUUUCUUGAGCCCGUCUUGCAGAAUUUGAAGGUGGCUGUCUAGGUAGUACUCCUCUUUUUCCAUUUAUAUUUUGAUCUCUAUCUAUAGGUCUCUGAAGGCUCUGUUGAACUCUUACUGCCACCGGAGCACCUUCUGGCCUACUAAGAGCUGAUAAUCUAACUGCAGAAGUGACUAAUGGUUUAGCACAAUGCCAUCCAUUCCUGCUUCUACUCAGACUCACGACUUUGUCACCUACUCUGCAUGCGGGAUUGCACCAAAUGUUGGCUGCAGCCCAUUCUUUAUUUUUUACAGCGAGUUCUUUCCAUGUCCAAGUGGGACCUUUCAUGGUUAACAUCCAACAAUCACUAUAUACAAAGCGAUUACGUAAAGUUUGUACACCACCUAAUAACAGUACUCUGUCAGAAUCCAAAUCUAAGAGAGACUGAGCAUACCUAGGUGAUGGUCUUGGUUUUGUAGUUGCUUGUUUCCUCCAGGACACAUUAGGUAUGUCUAAGACCCACACAUCAUUAGAACAUUGUAUUUGAUAAUUCUGAGCAGCAGGCAUAACUAAUCCACCAAAAACAACCAUUUCAUCACCUUUAAUACAUGCAGAAUGGCCUGCCAUAGGAGGUGGAGGGUUGUUUGUAUUGACCAACAUCCAUUUAUUAGUGUUCACACAAUAGAAGUGAAUUUCAUUAAACAUAGUCACAGUUUGAUAAUAUUGUGAUAGUGAAGGAUAUGUCCACCCACCAAAUACAAUUAAAUAUUCUUUGUAAUUAACCAUAGAGGUGUAAGCUUUCGGUACUGGAUAUGUUCCAGUGGCUAAAGGUCUUAUCCAUUGUCGAGUAGACAAAUCAAAGCGCCAAAGGUCAUUGAACGAAGUUGCAUUAGUUGUGCAUCCUCCAAAUAUAUACAUAUUGUUUUCUAGAAUACAAGCUGCAUGUGAGAAUCUUUUAGUUAUAGUUGGUGUCAUAUCUACUGGUGCUAUAUUUUUCCAUAAGAUAUUGAAUUCUGCCACAGCUUUUACCAAUUUGAGUGAGGUUUUACGUAAAACAUUUUGACCACAAUUGUACCACCUUUUACACACCGUCAUACAAUUUUCUAAAUCUUUAUAAGGGGGUAAAAAUCCUAAAAUAAACUCCAAAACUUCAUCUGGAAGAGCCUCCACUGUAGUUUGCAAUGUUUGCUGCCGUAAAGAUUGAUGAAUUACAUCCAUUUUGAUUAAAGAAAUAUUUAAAGUACCAUGAGAUUUCCUUAAUUAUCAUGUUGCAUGGUGAACUAACUAUUAAAUUUAUUGUUUUAUUUAUUUCUUCGUAUUAUUUAUCGUGUAUGCAUUCAUUUCUUUCAAAUUAUUCCACAGACUGCACAGCACAG